UACCAACCUAGGAAAAAUACUAUAUAUACUACUCGAAAUCCACUAAAAACACAACAUAUAAAAUUUCUAAAAUCUUUAUUAACACUUAAUGUUACACAAAUUUAUAAUGACACCAAGACCUUCACUUCUUCUAGUUGUUAUUACUCUAACACUGUUCUUCACUACAUCAGGUGCUCAAGAUCGAGCUCCUCAUGGGCUCAAUCACGAGUACAUUGUGGCGUUAUCUCCAUCUGCUUAUAAUUUCUUCCACCCAAAUGCACAAUUGAGGGUUCAAUACCCAUGUGAAGAGUCAAGUUGCUCACCUAUGCCUCUAGCUGCUACGGUUCAGUCAAGCUUAGAACAUGAAAGCAAAGCAAACGGUGGGAAAGACGUGGUAAAUGUUGGAGCUGGGGGUAUUGCUGCUAUUAUUUUUAGCUUUAUAUUUGUAGUUAUCCUAUCCAUGGGUGUCUACUAUGUGGUGACCAUCCGUCGGACCAAUUUAAGUCGGAAUCAAAGUACAGUUAUACCAUCAGCUUGAUGUGCCAGCUAGCUUACAAGCCUCUACCUAAGUUCUAGGAUAUUUUCCGACAGUUUCUAUUCAUUUCUUCAUGAAUUUAGAAUAUGUAAUGUAUGCAGCAUAUUUUUCAGCGAUUAGUGCAUAUAAUAAUUGACAAUAA